AUGAAGGACAAAGGUCAGGAGAGGGUCAGGGGUUCAAAGCCAAUUGAUGGAGAGAAAAAAUGCUACUGCAGGAUGCAUUAUAUGGCAUUGACAUGGGAAUAUGGGGCUGGUUGGAAGGAGAGUCAUGCUACAUUUGUGAAUGAACUGAAGAACCUACAGACCCAGGGCUUAACCCUGAUGGGCCCCGCCUUGAAGCAUGCAUUCGACCUUCUCAAUAUUAAUAGAAUGCAGACAGGCAUUGACACUUAUGGACAGGGUCGGUGUCCAUUUUACCUGGAGCCCGCUGUGAUAAUUGUAAUCACUGAUGGAGGGAAACUGACCACAAUGAAUGGAGUCCAGCCUGAGAUAAACCUGCCCAUGAACUCUGUUGUACCUGGAUCUGAGCUGACAAAGGAACCCUUUAGAUGGGAUCAGAGGAUAUUCGGACUAGUGCUGAGGUUGCCUGGAAACGUUCCGGUUGACAUGACAACCAAUACAUUCAUUCCCUCUGCAGAGAAUCAUCCAUUGGAUGCUAUGUGUGAUGUCACAGGAGGUAGAUCAUAUGCUGUGCACACCCAAAAGAUGCUGAAUGGAGCACUGGAAAGUUUAGUUCAGAAAGUACAGGGAGGAGUUGUGAUAAACUUUGAGAAAAUAGGGCCAGACCCACCUCCUUUAGAAAUCAAAACUGAGAAUGGCCUUGAUAGUAAUGGAAACACAAAAGAAAACCAGGACAUUAACACACCAAUCAAGUUGGAGUUGGAGGAAGAGAAGAAGACAAACUCUCCGAUGAUGGGUCAGUCCGUGCCUAAUAACAGUUGGCACAACUGUCGACGACUCAUCUACGUCCCCCGCUCGGCUCAGAAGGGCUACUCCGUCGGGCACUGGCCCAUUCCUGAGGCUUUCUGGCCGGACACAACUAAUUCCACUCUACCUCCCCGCUCGGCCCACCCUGCGGUGAAGUUUUACUGCUCCCCCUGUGAGCCCAUGGUGAUUGGAAACCUCCCGUUUGAUAAGUACGAGUUGGAGCCCUCCCCCCUCACCCAGUACAUCCUGGAGAGGAGGCAGCCCAACUCCUGCUGGCAGGUCUUCAUUAAUGGCAGUGCUAAAUAUAGUGACGUGGGACACCCCUUUGGGUAUCUGAAGGCCAGCAGCACCCUGAGCUGUGUGAAUCUGUUUCUAAUGCCGUACAAUUAUCCUGUGCUGCUUCCUUUAUUAGAUGAACUGUUCAAAGUUCACAAGCUGAAGCCAACACAGAAAUGGCGAAGUCAAUUUGACACGUACCUCAAAACCAUGCCAUCAUAUUAUGCUGGGCCCUUGAAAAGAGCCUUGGCCAGAAUGGGUGCCCCUAAUCUAGUCCCUGACAAUAUGGAUAACAGUCUGAGUUAUAGUGUAAUCACCUACUUAAAGAAACUCAAAAACCAGGCCAAGAUUGAGAUGGAUCGGUUGAUAGCAUCUGUUGGUCAGAAGGUUCCUCUUCACGAGGGUAUUAAAGUGGACUCUAGAACUAAGACCUCUGUUCUACAGAGGCGGGACUUUAACCAGUUGUUACAGAACGCGGGCGGGAAUCUCCAGAACCUAAAGCAGGAACUGAACGAUUACAACACGUUCACUGUCGCGGUGGCCGACAGGGACAUCAAACCUCAAUAUUACAGAAAUCCGUAUGAUAUACCUCGAAAAAGCCUUAUAGAUCAAAUAGCUAGAAUGAGAUCAAAUUUUCUACAAAAGUCCUACCAUAGAACAAAACUUGUGGAUGAUGCGCGGUCAUACCUUGUGUUAAAUCCAUUUAAGGUCAAGAUGAACAUGGUUGAUGAGGCUGAUGACCCGACAAUAGAUAAGCCGUCCAAGCGUCGGAGCUUAGAGAGUCCCUCUCCUGGUCCCAAAAAACGCAAAGUCGGUCCGCUCCCCAAGGACUACGUGUUCAGUAGAUCCCCCACCCCUUCCCCACCUGCCUCUCCCAUACUGGACCAGAUGAUAGAGGAAGACUUCAAUCCAAAACCAGAACCUACAGAUUACGACAACUUGUUUCACCAAUUAAAUUCAGUCCAGGGAAAUGUGGAACUUAAGUGCGCGUUUAUCAGUGAUGUCAUUCGUGAAGCCAGUCGCUUCAAGAAAAAGGUGCUAAUCCAAAUGUUGGAACAAUUUCAGAACUCGCUGAUGCAAGUGGAGGGGAGGAAACGUAACAGCUUCACCAUGGAAACCAGAUGAUAUUCAAUUUCUCAGACAAUUUCAACUUAUUGUGACAAGAUUAUAUUCCUCAAUGAUAACAGACGAAAUCAAUCUGUCAAAAAUUUACUUCAUUGUUGCAUUAUGAAUUUAUGAGGCAUAUAUUUAGA